AUGGCGGGGGAACUGGAGCGCUGGGUCUCAGGGCAGCUUCACGACCUGCUGGGGCUCAGCGAGCGCCAUGUGGUGGCCUUCAUGGUGGGCCUGGCCAGGCGCAGCCACCCCGCGGAGGACCUGCUCGCCCGCCUGGAAGAGACCGAGACCAUGACAUCUGUUAUCUGUUGCUUUUUCCAAGCAUGGAAACGGGCUGCCUCCCUCACUGAGAAGGAGGACUCGGAGGAUGAGUGGGAUCGAAGUGAGCGAGAGCGACUGCAGGACCUGGAGGAGCGGGACGCCUUUGCAGAGCGCAUCAAGCGCAAGGACAAGGAGAAGACCCGUAACAUCCUGGAGCGUUCGGAUAAAAAGGCCUAUGAAGAAGCCCAGAAGCGAUUGAAGAUGGUCGAAGAGGACAAGAAAUUCAUAAUUCCAGAGCUCCGGAAGAAGUCUCGCCGGGAAUAUUUGGCCAAACGGGAAAAGGACAAGAUAGAAGACCUGGAGGCAGAGAUAGCCGAUGAGGAAUACCUGUUCUCGGAGCAGGAGCUAACAGCCUUUGAGCGACAGGAGCUGGAAUACAAGCGCAGGGUGCGGGACUUGGCAAAGCAGUACAAGCAAGCUGGAGAGCAGGAGAAGAUGGAGAAGAGUAAUCGGUACUAUAUGCCUGAGGAGAGUCGCAGCAAGAAGAUCCCAGAUCGCUAUGAAGAACCCCAGACAGAGGAUCACUUGGCCCCACGCGACGAGCAGCGGCGCUGGGAGGAAGACCACAUCGGGGCAGCCUCCCUCCGCUUCGGGGCUCGAGAUGCCAGUAAGCGCCAUCCUCACAAAGACUACGAAUAUGUGCUCGAAGAGGAUGAGAUGAUCCAGUUUGUGAAUGCCGUACAGAUGCAGGGCACAACGCAGAACAAGGAGGAGAAACCACAGCUGUCGGAGGUGGAGCGCAAGAAGCUGUCCAUCCAGGAGGUGCGCCACAGCCUGCCUAUCUACCCCUACCGUGCAGACCUGCUGGCUGCCAUUGCAGAACAUCAGACGCUCAUCAUCGAAGGGGAGACCGGCUCCGGCAAGACCACUCAGAUCCCACAGUACUUGUUUGAAGAGGGCUACACAGAGAAGGGAAUGAAGAUUGGCUGCACCCAGCCUCGGCGAGUGGCGGCUAUGAGUGUCGCUGCCCGUGUUUCCCAGGAAAUGGAUGUCAAGCUUGGAAAUGAAGUCGGCUAUAGCAUCCGUUUUGAGGACUGCACCUCAGAACGGACGGUACUGAAGUACAUGACUGACGGGAUGCUGCUGAGAGAAUUCCUCACGGAGCCUGACCUGAGCAGCUACAGUGUCAUAAUCAUAGAUGAGGCACAUGAACGAACUCUGCACACAGACAUCUUGUUUGGGCUGAUCAAGGACAUUGCUCGCUUCCGGCCUGAGCUGAAGGUGCUGAUUGCCAGUGCGACGUUGGACACAGAGCGCUUCUCCACCUUCUUUGAUGACGCGCCGAUCUUCCGCAUUCCGGGGCGCCGUUUCCCAGUUGACAUCUUUUACACCAAGGCUCCAGAGGCUGAUUACUUGGAGGCCUGCGUAGUAUCUGUGUUGCAGAUCCACGUCACUCAGCCCCAAGGAGACAUCCUUGUAUUCCUCACUGGCCAGGAAGAAAUCGAAGCGUGUUGCGAGAUGUUGCAGGACCGCUGCCGUCGCCUGGGCUCCAAAAUUGCUGAGCUCCUCAUCCUGCCCAUCUAUGCAAACCUGCCCUCUGACAUGCAGGCCAAGAUCUUUGAGCCAACGCCUCCAGGGGCCAGGAAGGUGGUUGUGGCGACAAACAUUGCAGAGACAUCUCUGACCAUCGACGGCAUCAUCUACGUGAUUGACCCUGGGUUUUGCAAGCAGAAGAGCUACAACGCUCGCACAGGCAUGGAGUCCCUCAUUGUCACUCCUUGUUCUCGGGCAUCUGCCAACCAGCGAGCUGGACGGGCUGGCCGUGUGGCCGCAGGGAAGUGCUUCCGCCUCUACACCGCCUGGGCCUACAAGAAUGAGAUGGAAGAGACCACCGUGCCAGAGAUUCAGAGGACCAAUUUGGGCAACGUUGUGCUGCUUCUCAAAAGCUUAGGCAUCAACGAUCUCAUCCACUUUGACUUCAUGGACCCCCCUCCCCAUGAAACUCUCGUGCUGGCCCUGGAGCAGCUCUAUGCCCUGGGGGCCCUCAACCAUCUUGGUGAGCUCACCAAGCUGGGCCGGAAGAUGGCAGAGCUCCCCGUGGACCCCAUGCUGUCCAAGAUGAUCUUGGCUUCAGAACAAUACAAGUGCUCAGAGCAGAUCCUCACAAUUGCUGCCAUGCUGUCAGUCAACAAUGCGAUUUUUUACCGGCCCAAAGACAAAGUGGUCCAUGCCGAUAAUGCUCGCAUGAACUUCUUCCUUCCUGGUGGAGACCACCUGGUUCUUCUCAAUGUUUAUAAUCAGUGGGUGGAGAGUGGCUACUCUAUGCAGUGGUGCUAUGAGAACUUCAUCCAGUUCCGUUCCAUGAGACGAGCCCGGGAUGUGCGAGAACAGCUGGAAGGGUUGAUGGAGCGCAUUGAAGUGGACAUCACAUCCAGUGAGGGAGACUAUAUCCCUGUCCGCAAGGCCAUCACUGCUGGAUUCUUUUAUCACACAUCCCGCCUCACCCGUAGUGGCUAUAAGACCGUCAAGCAUCAGCAAACCGUAUUCAUCCACCCCAACAGUUCACUGUUUGAAGAACAACCGCGCUGGCUUAUCUAUCAUGAAUUGGUCUUCACCACUAAAGAAUUCAUGAGACAGGUCAUCGAGAUUGACAGCACAUGGCUGCUGGAGGUGGCCCCUCACUACUACAAAGCUAAAGAGCUAGAAGACGCCUCUACCAAGAAGCUACCCAAGAAGGUUGGGAAGACACGGGAGGAGCUGGGAUAAGGCGAGGGCUACCCCUUCCCGCUGGCCCUGUGCUACCAGGCCACCCUUGCCUCAGGACAUUUUUUUGUACAGCUGUAUAGUCUCGAUGCCACUUUGAAACAACAAAUAAAACAUUUUUAUAAGCACA